ACGCGUAAUCAGACAACUUCUCUCUCUCCCAUUUCGUCUGUCAUUUCAUUUACUCGUGAAAACUUAAAAGUUUUCUCUUUCCUCUUUAGAAAAGAAAACCCAAUUUUUCUUUCUCAUCCACUUCCUCUCCCUUGGAACAGGCAGGCUAUGAGAUUCAAGCAUGGGUGAUAUCAUUUUCUGCAACACAGAUUUAUACUAACUCAGGAGUUGCUGCAUGUUGGAACUGGGGCCUUGAAGUUUAGAGACCCAAAGUUGAGUCAGAUCAAAUUCGGGUUUAGCCAAAAACUGUUCUGCAAUUUUAUUUCAUGAUGAAAACAGAAUUCCUUAAGAAAUAAUUUGAAUAACUUCAAUUUAUUCAAUUUAACUGCGAUUCUUGCUUUGCGCUAGAAGUGCUUUACUUCAAAAUAUCUUAAGAAUCUGGCUUUUCUUAUUAACUAGUCUUCCUGUCUGGAAAAUUCUUUCUUCAGAAUCUAGCUUUUCUUUACAUGUAGUCUUCCUAGCUAUAUAGUUGUCAAAAUAUUGAGUAACCAAUUUCUCAUCCCUUAUUUACCAUUUUAACUACCUACAACCGCCUCUUUUACAAUCAUCUUUCAUUAGGUAGUUUAAAACUCGAUAAAAAUCAAAUAGGAAAAGUUACAAUACCUUUCAUAGCCAUGACUGCCAUCUUCGUCCUCCUUGGCGUAUUCCUCUACCUCUUCACGACUGCCAAUGGCCUCGGAGUGAACUAUGGCAUGGCUGCAGACAACCUUCCGCCUCCCUCUGUGGUUGCUAACUUCAUUAAAACCCAAAGUAUUUUUGACAGUGUCAAAUUGUUUGACACUAAUCCUGAUGUCCUUAGAGCUUUUGCAAACACUGGAAUUUCAGUUACGGUCACAGUUGGCAAUGGAGAUAUUCCUGCUCUUACGAAUACCGUUGCGGCAAGGAGAUGGGUUGCUCAACACAUAAGCCCAUUUUAUCCUCAGACAAAGAUCAAAUAUAUCUGUGUUGGUAGUGAAGUCUUAUUCUCAAACAAUACUGAUUGGAUUAACAACCUUGUGCCAGCAAUGAGGAGUCUUCAUUAUGCUUUGGUUAAAGCUGGAAUUCAAGAUAUCAAGGUCACGAGCUCUCAUGCACUUAAUAUAUUCCGGCGUGAAACUCUACCAAGUUUAAUGCGUUUCAUGGUUGGCUAUGACCUAAGCUUCUUUGCACCCAUACUCCAAUUUCAUCAUCGGACCAAAUCACCUUUCAUGAUCAACCCGUAUCCCUAUUUUAGCCCUAACUUAUCGAGAAGAUUGAAUUACGCACUUUUCAAGCCAAACCGUGGAGUCUAUGACAAAUAUACCAGAAAAACAUACACCAAUAUGUUUGAUGCUCUCAUGGACUCAACUUAUUCAGCCAUGAAAGCCCUUGGCUAUGGGGAUGUGGAUAUUGUCAUUGGUGAGACUGGUUGGCCCUCACAAGGUGAUGCCAGCAGCCCUUUUGCCAGCAUGGAAAAUGCAAUUUCUUACAAUGGAAACGUGGUUAAGGAAAUUAUUUCGGGCAAAGGAACACCUUUGAUGCCAAACCGCAGGUUUGAGACAUACAUGUUUGCAUUGUUUAAUGAGAAUCAAAAACCAGGUCCACUUGCUGAGAAGUACUGGGGAUUGUUUAAACCUGACUUGACCCCUGUUUACGAUGUUGGGCUUCUACGCAGUGGACAGUUGGUGCCUGCUCCAACAAAUCCAUCCCCAGCGACUCCAGCACCAUCAGGCAAGAAUUUCUGUGUUCCCAAAAUUGAUGUUAGCUAUGCUCAGCUGCAAUCAAACCUGGAUUACGCAUGUGGCCAAGGCAUAGAUUGUACACCAAUUCAGCCUGGUGGAAUAUGCUAUGAACCCAACACUGUCCGGUCUCAUGCCGCAUUUGCUAUGAAUUCUUACUAUCGAACCAAAGGUCAGAGCUAUUUCAGCUGCGAUUUUGCUGGCACUGGUCAAAUCACCAGUGCUGAUCCAAGUUAUGGCAACUGCCAUUACAUCUAAAAAGUUGAAAGAGAAGGAUGAGCUUCUUAAGAUGGUUGUUGGCGAAGCUUGACUAUUUAUCAUGAGAAUGUUGCUGAAGUUCAUUUGAUAUGGUUAAUCCGACUCUUCCAUUCAUUGAUGAUUCUAUUACCUCUGCUGCAUCAAAUGUGAACAAAUGUGAACAAAUGUGAACAUGGUUGUCAAUAACAAAAUUAACUACUGCAUUCUUUCAUGAGGAUAUUUGGAAAUUUUGAAAUAGAAUUGUGAGCUCUCUUACAUAGAUUUAUGAACUACUUAUAGAUGAUAAUUCAAAUAUAAACCUUACCCUCUCUGUCUUAUUUAACAUUUUCAAACAAGGGUAAAUUCGGGAACUCCCUUUUUCU